AUGCAUUCCCAGGUCUCGGGCAUAGCGCGGUGGAAAGCUUCAAGCCCCCGUGUGCGGAAGCUUGUCCCCCUCGCCGUCCGGCGGGUGUCGAAUCGCUCGCAUACUGAGUACCUGCUAAGCAUUCCGGCUUGCGGCCCGGAGGCGGCGGAGAUCUGCCCCUCUGCAGCUGGGAUGGGUUGGGGACAGCGCCUCAGCUCCACCUGUGCUCGCUCUAGCCGCCUGGGUCGCUGCGCCCGAAGGCGGAGGCCAGGUGUUGGGGACCUUGGGUCCCGGGAUCCAGGAGGCGGAGGCGCGCGAGCGGGCAUGCGCAAUGGGCGGAGGCGGCGGCGAUGGCCCUGCGAGGCGGGGAGGGGGGCCGGGGUGUGUGUGUGGGGGGAAUCGCUGUUUAUUUGCAGCUGGGCCACCGCGGCGGCGGAGCACAGGGCGCCCGGGCGGGGACAGUGGGCGCGCGAUGCCCAAGCCACUCAGGCCGCCGCGCGCCCGGGCCUCGGCCGGGGAGGAUGCGCGCCGCGCGGGAGCUGCCGUGCGGGCGGUGCGAUGCUGGUGACCCGGGGGGACCGCGGCGGCGGGGAGCGCGCGCCCUCGCGGCGCCGGAGCUGCGGGCUGGUUCCGGCCGGGGCCGCGGCGCUGCUAGCCGGGGCCAGCUGCCUGUGCUACGGCCGCUCGCUGCGGGGCGAGUUUGUGCACGACGACGUGUGGGCGAUCGUGAAUAACCCCGACGUGCGGCCCGGGGCCCCGCUGCGCUGGGCCGUCUUCGCCAACGACUUCUGGGGCAAGGGCCUGGCGGACAGCACCAGCCACAAGUCCUACCGGCCACUGUGCGUACUGUCCUUCAGGCUAAACAUAUUCCUGACUGGCAUGAACCCGUUCUACUUCCACGCGGUGAACGUCGUCCUACACUGCCUGGUGACCCUCGUCUUGAUGUACACCUGCGACAAAACGGUCUUCAAGAAUCGCGGGCUGGCGUUUGUCACAGCCCUGCUCUUUGCAGUGCACCCGGUCCACACUGAGGCAGUGGCUGGCAUUGUGGGCAGAGCUGACGUGUUAGCGUGUCUCCUGUUCCUGUUGGCCUUUCUUUCCUACCAUAGGAGUCUGGAUCAGAGCUGUGCAGGGCAGUGCUUCCCCCCGACGGCAUCUCCCUUCUUCCUGCUCCUCAGUUUGUUCCUGGGGACCUGUGCGAUGCUGGUGAAGGAGACAGGUGUCACCGUGUUUGGGGUGUGCUUGGUUUAUGACCUCUUCUCACCCACCCACAAGCAGGACAAGUUGAGCAAUGGGGUGAUCUGUCAGCACAGCCCGGGGCAACCAGGGAGCCCCCAGCCCUCCUCUCAGCAAUCCCACCCCCACCGUGAGAGCAGAAAGCAGCGCUUCCCACACAGAGGCGGCCAUUCACCUCUCCCACGGGAGCCCAAGAGCAGUGGAUUCUCUGUGUCCCCACGAGCAGUGUGGUCACUGGUGAGCCUAAAAGUAGCAUUACCAGAUUGUCUGUUGGGACCAAAGGCGUUCACACCGGACAUCAACAACAAAGAACGUGACACCUGGCGCCAGAGGCUCUUCUAUUCCACGUCAGACCCUGCAUCCUAG